AUGGAACUGGCCAUGACUCCCGCAAAGUCCAAGGAUCCUCGUAGCACAGAUACAGAUCGCGGUCAUUUCUACACGUACCGGGUUCGCGAGGAGAUCCAGGCCGAUUCCAUCAUAAAGGCAUGGCCCUUUGACCACGGACGCAGGGAAGAAAGAGACAUGGAUCCCCUCUCGCUAACCGAGAAUCCUUCUUUUCUUUUUUCCUCCUUCGCUGCCUUUGAUCACACAUACUUUCCCCGUUUUCCCGUUCCUGCAUGGGGGGGUUUGGGUGGUUUCCACACCAAUCACAAACGCAGCUUUUCCAUCUUCGCUUCAGACUCUGACUCUUCCUGGCCGGCCCCUCUUCGCGAAAAUCUCGUUACGACUUCAACAACGUGGGAUACGGGUGGGAACGGGUGGAAUAGCUUCCCUCUACUGCACGACACCAUCCAUCGACAGGCUCGUCGUCCGAGAGCCACCGUGCCAUCUAGCCACCCAGCCAACUCAAUUCUGACGUCUCACUCGGGAGGCAUUCAAACCUUUUCAGAAGCGCGCGGCAUGACGGCUAAGCUAGGAAAUGCGAGGACGGGACGGGAGGCAGAAGCCGGCAGCCGCCUCAAGUCCGUUAUCAAGGGAAGAGAUAUGAGGGAAUAUUAUCGCGGCUAUGACAAGCUUUUGCUUUCGAAAUGCCCAACCUGUCAUUGUGCAUUCGCUGAGAAACAUUUCCGGCUUCCCCGUCAUGCCGCGGUGAAGGUGUUAGUAAUGUGGCUGGGUGGUACGCCGUGCAACCAUCAGGACGCGCUUGAUCGUCCGCUUCAAUCUUUCCAGUUGACAGGCACGUCGAGCAUCACUCGAUUCACCGCAAAGAGACCAAGCUCAAGCGCGGCACUUAUAAUAACCUCGCUGAGUGAAAUGUCACCGAAACGAUUCUACUUCGUGCUGGGACCAUUCGCCAUGGGAAAGAAACUCGCGGCUUGCCCUGGCUCAAACGACGAGAUCCAAUCGGAAGAUGCCUCUCGACGCCUCAAAGAGCUAGCACGGUGCCUGACAGAUGUUGUCAAAUCAGUGCAGCUAAGCUCAAGUCUAUGGAACUCCAAACUUUUCAAGCUGCAUCACCUGGAAGACGAAAGCGACGGAACGACGCUCUACAACGCAAGGGGGGUUUACUUGGAUAUUUUGACGGAGACCAAUGAAAUUGGGGCCAACAUUCGUUCGAAUGACUUGAUUAGGGCGAUAAUUGACACAGGCCAAGCGGGAGUUGAUGCUAACGGGAUGGAGAUUGUAUCAGCCAACUCAUAUCUACUAGAUGCAAUGCUCCUCGCUUUCACACCGUCUUGGAGUAGAAAAAGUGGACACGUAAUCACUGAUUAG